AUGACUUUUAUAGUGAAGAAAAAUAAAAACCUUCAGGUUCGUCUUGGCACCAAACGUAAGGCGGUUCAACAUCAGGCCCUUGCCCUAAACAGCUCCCAGUGCCAAGAACUGGCAAAUUAUUACUUUGGUUUCAAUGGAUGGUCAAAAAGGAUCAUCAAGCUUCAGGAUCUUUCUGACCUUGAAGAAAGGGCAAAUGAAGAUACUGUGCCACCACUUCAGAAGCAGAGCCUGAAAUUCUUCUGUGCUUUAGAGGUGGUGUUGCCAUCCUAUGAGUGCCGGAGUCCCGGAGCUGGCAUGGCCGAGGAGACUUUGGAUGACCUGGAGGAAGGGCCAUUAUCAUUUCUUAUGAAAAGGAGGACAACCCAGAAGCUUGCUAUUCAGAAGGCUGUGUCAGAUGCAUUCCAGAAGCUGUUGAUUGUGAUUUUAGCCCAGAUGUUGGCCCCGCCUAAGGAGUUGACCGAGACUUUGGUUCCAUUCCUGGACACGGAUUCGGUUGGAGAACUACCCCCAGGGCCAGGUGAGGAUCUGAAUGACCAGCUAACCCAGCAUCAAAGGCUCCCAGAGGUGGUUCCAAUGCCAGGUUGGGAUCAGAAUCAGACCAUAGCUCCGCCUCCUCAACUCAAAAGUAAGACUAAAACUGUAGGUUUAGAUCAGGCCGAAGAUCACCAAUCAUUUGAAAUGCUUGUUCCAUCUCUGGAUAGUCAGAGUUCAAAGCCAACAAAGUUUAUUGCUUCACCCCUAAACUUGAAGGAAGAUCUAGCUCAGCAUCGAAGGCUUGCCAAAGUUGUUGGAACUCCAAACCAAUUUGCAAAUAAAGAGCACCUACAACAACAGCUGCAGGAUGAUUAUUUAGAUUCCAAUAUGGGUCUCCUAUAUCCUGAGGAGAACCUACCUAUGGGUUUCCCAGGGGGACCAGAUCAACUUCCAAACUUCUCUGAGGAGGCUGAAAUUCCUCCACCCUUGCAGAAGACCCCAAAUCAUCUAGAGUCCCCUGAGGAAGCUGAAUCUUUUUUGCCCCAAGGGGAGGCUCAGGCUCAGCAUCCAGAGCCCCCUGAAGAGACAGAAACAUCUCUACUUGAGCAGAAGGCUCCAUCUCAGCGUCCAGAGUCCCUUAAGGAUGGAAAUUCAGCAAACCCACAAGAGGCCCCAGCUGAGCCUUCAAGUACCCCUGAAGAGGUCGAACCUUCUUCAGUCCAGCAGGAGGCCUCAGCUCACCCUACAGAGGCCCCCGAGGAAGUGGAACCUUCUCCAACCCCCCAGGAGGCCCCUGCUCAGCCUCCAGAGCCAUCUAAGGACAUCAUAUCUCAACUGUUAGCACAUCAUGAAGUAAAUGUGCUAUCUCCAAGUCAGAGUGAAGCUCAGAAGCCAAGCUUCCCCAAUGUCACUGUUAAACCUCUGGAUCUUACCAUAACUCUAACUCAGCCUGCGGAGCACCCUGAGGAGGCUGGACCUACCCCAGUCCAGCAGGAGGCCCCCGCUCAGCCUGCAGAGCGCCUCGAGGAGGUUGAACCUACCCCAGUCCAGCAGGAGGCCCCAACUCUAGUUCCAGAGUUCCCUACAGCUCCUCCAAAGGACCUUGAGAGACUGAACCUUCUCUAA